AUGACCACAGACAGCCACAACUUCCGUGGCCAAAAUCACGAUAGAUUACGCGGUGGCGAGGAUGCCUUCGCUGGACCGACCAUGCUUUCAUCCAAAGACGACGUGGCCGACGACGCCAUGGACAUCCCGGCCGGACAAAAGAUGCUCUCGGCCAUCUCGGGCAGUCUUCUAACCUCCCUGCUUGUCACCCCUCUCGAUGUCGUCCGCGUCCGAUUACAAUCGCAAGGUUCGUCACCGCAGCCUUUGGCAGACCUGCAAAAACAUGCGAUUUCGUCACCCAAUGCUUUUCGACCUUCGAACCUUGGAGUUACCGCUUGCUGUCGUGAGGUAUUCUUUAUGAAUAACAAUGCCGAAGUCUGUGUCGUCGGUCCGAGACCAGAAGGCUUGGGCGGCGGCGCAGCUGCUGCCGAAUGCGCCGUCGAGGAAGCACAGAAGCGGUCCUUCAAUUCGACCUUUGAUGGCAUGAAGAAGAUCGCCCGAAAUGAAGGCUUUACGACACUGUGGAGAGGGCUCUCGCCGACCUUGGUCAUGGCUGUGCCGGCGAACAUUAUCUACUUCACUGGUUACGAUUGGUUACGAUACAACCAGAAGAGCCCCAUAAACAAGGUCGUCAACAAUGACUAUGCACCUCUAAUAUCGGGUUCGACCGCACGAGUACUUGCAGCCGUCGCCGUCGGUCCCAUCGAGCUCUUUAAAACCCGGCUUCAGGCCUCUCCCGGCUCGACCGCGACGAACCAUCUUGCCAAUACAUUCAAGAGUAUUCGCGAGAUGAUAUCGGAAAAUGGGUAUCGGUCGCUUUGGAGAGGCAUCACCCUGACGUUCUGGCGCGAUGUACCCUUCUCGGGAAUGUACUGGUGGGGUUACGAGACAAUCCGCGGGAAGCUGACGGACAUGCGGGAGGAGCGCCGUGGCCGUCCCCUGACUAAGGAGCCUGAGGCCCGAAGCAGGGCGAGAUCGAGAUCGCAAAGUAGUGAAAAUCAUACCUCGGUACUCAUGGACAGCUUUACGGCUGGUGCACUAUCGGGUGGUCUGGCAUCGAUAAUAACGACGCCAUUCGAUGUCGGCAAGACCAGAACACAGACCUUCCGUGACUCGGCCAAGAAAGCAACAUCAUCUGCAGAGGCUGCGUUGGCCCCCGAGCGGAAGUCCAUGGCUCGAUUGCUGUGGCACAUUUUCUCCACUGAGGGUGUCCCUGGACUCUUCAGAGGCUGGAUUCCGCGAACACUCAAGGUAGCACCGGCCUGUGCCAUUAUGAUCAGCAGCUACGAGGUCGGAAAGAGUGUAUUCAGGAAGAACGAGAGGAGGGCAAGAGAGCAACGUGAGAAGAGCCGGUGA